GUCUUUUGUGACGUCACGAUCAUGAUGAGAAUUGAUGAUCGGACACGCUGAUUUCAUUGUCUGAAGCGGCACUGGAGACCCAGGAAAAAUCUCGCUGAAUCCGCCUGCCCCAGCAGUGGCCUGAUCUGGGUUCCGCUGAUUCCUUUCGUAACCGCACCACACCCGAGAUGAAUCUACGUUCUGUAUUUACUGUAGAACAACAAAGGAUUUUACAGCGUUAUUAUGAAAAUGGAAUGACAAAUCAAAGUAAAAAUUGCUUUCAGCUCAUAUUACAGUGUGCACAGGAGACUAAGCUGGACUUCAGUGUAGUCAGGACGUGGGUUGGCAAUAAGAGAAGAAAGAUGAGUAGUAAGAACUCUGAAUCUGGAACAGCAACAACAGGAACCUCUUUGUCAGCUCCAGACGUUACAGUCAGAAAUGUGGUUAAUAUUGCUCGACCCUCAAGCCAGCAGUCUUCUUGGACAUCUGCCAAUAAUGAUGUCAUUGUAACUGGUAUAUACAGUCCAGCCAGUUCAUCAAGUAGGCAAGGAACAAACAAACAUACAGACACACAAAUUACAGAAGCACAUAAAAUCCCUAUUCAGAAAACAGCCACUAAAAAUGAUACUGAGUUUCAGUUACACAUUCCUGUUCAAAGACAAGUAGCACACUGUAAAAAUGCUUCCCUACUCCUAGGUGAAAAAACAAUUAUUUUGUCAAGACAGACAAGUGUGCUAAAUGCUGGAAACUCAGUAUUCAAUCACACAAAGAAAAACUAUGGAAACUCUUCAGUACAAGCUUCUGAAAUGACAGUACCUCAAAAGCCUUCUGUGUGCCACCGACCUUGUAAAAUUGAACCAGUUGGGAUUCAAAGGUCAUAUAAGCCUGAACACACAGGUCCAGCAUUACAUAACUUAUAUGGGCAAAAGCCAACUAUUAGAGACCCUUACUGUAGAACACAAAACUUGGAAAUCCGUGAAGUGUUUUCAUUGGCAGUUAGCGAUUACCCCCAGAGAAUUCUGGGAGGAAAUGCCCCACAGAAGCCUAGCUCAGCAGAAGGAAAUUGUUUGUCCAUUGCAAUGGAGACUGGAGAUGCUGAGGAUGAAUAUGCCAGAGAGGAAGAGCUGGCAUCGAUGAGAGCACAGACACCAAGCUAUUCGAGAUUUUAUGAAAGUGGCAAUUCCCUUCGAGCUGAGAACCAAAGUACAACCUUGCCCGGACCAGGAAGAAAUAUGCCAAAUUCACAAAUGGUGAAUAUUAGAGAUAUGUCAGACAAUGUACUGUAUCAAAACAGAAACUACCAUUUGACACCACGGACCUCAUUACAUACAGCAUCUAGUACAAUGUACAGUAAUACUAAUCCAUUACGGAGUAAUUUUUCUCCUCAUUUUGCAUCAUCAAACCAAUUGAGAUUAUCACAAAACCAAAACAAUUACCAGAUUUCAGGAAACCUUACUGUGCCUUGGAUUACAGGGUGUUCUAGAAAAAGAGCACUACAGGACCGCACUCAGUUCAGUGACCGAGACUUAGCCACCCUUAAGAAGUAUUGGGACAAUGGCAUGACCAGCCUGGGCUCUGUUUGUAGAGAGAAAAUUGAAGCUGUUGCAACUGAAUUAAAUGUUGACUGUGAAAUAGUUCGGACUUGGAUUGGGAAUCGAAGAAGGAAAUAUCGUUUAAUGGGGAUUGAAGUUCCACCUCCAAGAGGAGGCCCUGCUGAUUUCUCUGAGCAACCUGAGUCUGGUUCUUUAUCUGCACUCACACCAGGAGAGGAAGCUGGGCCUGAAGUAGGAGAGGAUAAUGACAGAAAUGAUGAAGUAUCCAUCUGUUUGUCUGAAGGAAGCUCUCAAGAAGAGCCCAAUGAAGUUGUUCCGAAUGAUGCAAGGGCUCAUAAGGAAGAGGACCACCAUGCAGUAACCACAGAUAAUGUGAAAAUAGAAAUUAUUGAUGAUGAAGAAAGUGACAUGAUAAGUAAUUCUGAAGUAGAACAAGUAAACUCUUUCUUGGAUUAUAAGAAUGAAGAAGUCAAAUUCAUUGAAAAUGAGCUAGAGAUUCAAAAGCAAAAAUACUUUAAACUUCAGACUUUUGUUAGAAGCUUGAUAUUAGCAAUGAAAGCUGAUGAUAAGGAACAACAGCAGGCACUGCUGUCAGAUUUACCUCCUGAAUUAGAAGAAAUGGAUUUCAAUCAUGCCUCGCUGGAGCCUGAUGAUACCUCAUUCAGUGUAUCUUCUUUGUCAGAGAAAAAUGUCUCAGAAAGUUUGUGAUUUCAGUUGGAGGGAAUAUAUGAUACAGUCUUUUGGCUUCGUAACAGGUGUGCAUUUCAAGAUAACUGCAUUCUGUUGCCCUGGUAUUCUUUAGUUGGGAAAACACAUUGUUGAAACAGACGUAUUCUGUGAAGAAUGUACAAGAUAUAAUGGCUACAGUGCAAAAAAAAUGUAGGUGAAAUUUAAAAGCAUUGUUUGAGAGAGUAUUUUUUUAACUGAUGGAACUCUGGAAAAAAAAUUAUAUUUAAGUUUCAGCAGUUUAACCCUGAAAUUCAUUAUGUCUAAUUUCUAACCAGAGACAAAAUAACUAAAGACAUUUCAGCAUUGCUUAUCAAGUUGCUACAGCUUGAUUAGUCUUGUUUUUGUAGCCAUUACAUCUUCUUUCUUCUUCUCUCCUUUUCCUAUCAUCCACUUACACUUUUUCUCAGGAAAGUGGACUGAACAUUUAAAACAAAACUUUAAAAAAUUAUUUAACUCAUUAUUUAAUGAGUUCUCUGAUUUAGUUUUUAACCCCUAUGAAAAUUCGACUUAAACUAAUGACUGAAAAUUGAAAUGAUUACAGGUAUGUAAUUGUAAAUUGCUGGUGUUCUUCUAUUAUCUAACCCAAAUAUUUGUGUGGGGGUGGGGAAGCACAAUGGAAAGGUAAUUUAACCAACAUAACGUCAAAUAAAUUACGAAGUGUACAGAAACAAAA